AUGUUUCCCUGUCGCUCCACCAUCCUCUUCCCUCACUUCGAAGAGUUAAUCUUAGGCCCCGCGACAGAGAGCAUCACGGCUCGCCUACUGAAAAAGCCGGCUGUCUACAUAGCGCAUUACGUGAUUGAACAUGGAAGCACCGGUUUUGAGGAAGAAGAUUGGGUUCUUAAGGAGACAGAGAAGCCUGAUGGGUUAAUACCGCUCAGUGAGGAGUCUCUUGCAAAGAAAGAAGCUUUCAUACAGAGUCUCAAGGCAAUGGCUGUGGAACUGAAUGAAGUAAGGAAGGAGGUGGAUGCGAUUACUUGGAACUUGAACCACCUGAGUGACAAAAUGGGCAAGAGUCAGAACAAGAUCAAGGCUUUGGAUGUGGAAAUGGCACAUGUUCUUCACAAGAGAGACAGAUCUUAUGAAAGGAUCAAGAUGCUGAGGAUAAGACGAGACAAAGGGAGCCUUGCUGUGAUGAGGAAAGCUAAAGAUUUGGCUGCGUCUGGAAACGUUAGAGAACUUGAAGUGUUUGCUAGCUCUGAGGUGAAGAGGACCUCGCAGUCACUCCAAGAAAGACAGCUGAGCCGAGAUGGGAGGGUGAAAAGCAAGCGCAUGUCAAGACUAGAAAGGAAGGUGUGGCGUUACAGAGCAAGAACAGAGGUGAUCAAGCUCAAACUCGUCUCAGAAUGGAGAAGGCAUCGUCAGAAAGAAAGGUGCAACAGGUCGAGUGCUGAGGAGAGUGAUGUUGUAGAUUUGGUGUACGAGAACCCCAAAAAGGAAGAACAAGAAGAAGAAGAGGUUGAUGAAGAGACUUUCAAGGAGAGGAAAAGAGAAGAGCAAGCAGAGAAAGCUCGGUUACCUAUGGAAAGGAAGAGGAAGCUACAAAAGAAAGCUGCUGCUAAAGCUGCUAUCAGAGCUCAGAAGGAAGCUGAAAAGAAACUCAAGGAGUGUGAGAAGAAAGCGAAGAAGAAAGCUGCUGCCUCUCCUCUCUUCAGAAUCAGACCAAUCACGAGAAGCAAUUAG